AUCGGCGUGGGCUGUACCCGCCGUUCAGCAAAUCAGGAGUCUCUGAAGCAUCCCGACGUUGGAAUCAAUUAAGCUUAAGAACUACGCAGAGCAGUGGAGCUUUUCUGCGGACGAUUCUGCAGCCUUCUCCCCCGAGAGGCGUCCCAAGUGGCGGAAACUAACCCAACCCUACUUUCUUUCGUACUGCCGGCAAUGGGCACUUCGUCAUCCCAUUCCUCGCCUCCAUCUAUGGAAGCUGCCGAAGAGCUCCGCAGGAAUCGAAUCCUAUCCAGCAAGCUCUACUUCAAUGUGGCUCCAUCCAAGGUUGCCGUCAUCUAUUCUCCUUCGUACGAUAUAGCGUUUCUUGGAAUCGAGAAACUGCACCCUUUUGACUCUUCAAAAUGGGGUCGCAUCUGCCAGUUCCUGACUAAUGAAGGUGUUUUAGAUAAGAAUAGAAUAAUAGAACCAUUAGAAGCUUCAAAAGAUGAUUUAUUAGUGGUGCAUCCAGAAUUAUACUUGCGUCGUCUCAAAAGCAGUGUGAAUGUUUCUAUGAUUCUAGAGGUCCCUCCUGUUGCAAUGCUUCCAAAUUGCCUUGUUCAGCAAAAGGUGCUACAUCCAUUUCGCAUGCAGGUGGGAGGCUCAAUCUUGGCAGCAAAACUUGCUAAGGAACGUGGUUGGGCUAUCAAUGUGGGUGGCGGUUUUCACCAUUGCUCAGCUCAGAAAGGCGGUGGCUUUUGUGUUUAUGCUGAUAUUACUCUUUGUAUACAAUAUGCCUUUGUUCGCUUGAAUAUUUCCAGGGUUAUGAUUAUUGAUCUUGAUGCCCACCAAGGGAAUGGCCAUGAAACAGAUUUCAGUGAUGACCGAAGAGUUUACAUAAUGGACAUGUACAAUUCUCAAAUAUAUCCUUUAGAUUACGAGGCAAGGAGGUACAUUGAUCAGAAAAUAGAGUUAAAGAGCGGCACUAGAACAAAGGAAUAUUUAGAAGAGUUGGAGAGAGAACUUGAG